GUGAUGUUUCUGUCCUUUCCAAAACAAAACAGCUGCACUCAUUCACCAUGAAUGUUGCCAUUUUAGCAUUAAACUGCGUCAGCCUAUAUUUUCUUUUAUUUUUAUCAAGUUUCGCAAUUGACUUGUACACUCUGGAAACCAAAAAUAAUAGUCGCUUCAAGGCUCUUCCAAUUCUCACCGUUUUUUACUGCCAGACCGUUUGCUUCGGGUGGGCAGGAUUUGUCUAUAACUAUCGUAGAUGGUAUAUACGCUCAAUUAAAAGAUUCUACUGGCAUCGAAUACUUAUGCCGGCUGCAGCUGUAUGUAUGAAUGUACUAUUCCCCUUGACUAUGGUACUCAAUUUUUAUGGAAGCUGGGUUCAUAUUCCUAUGACUAUCACUAUCUACGGAUUAAUCACCUACUUGGCUGUUGCUGCGGCAGAACGAAUACUAGAAAGCGAACCGGAUAUCAAAUUUGAAUUUCCAAAGGCUGGGCAACUUAACAAUCUACAAGUUAUAUCAAUAUUAGUAUUCUCCAUAGUAUCACAAACCUACUACGUGUACCUUUGCUUUAUGGACUAUUACCCAUUUUGCGAAGAAUAUAUCGCCAUAAUGUUCUGGUCUCGUACUCUAUUUUUCUGCCCUCUUCUUUUGACACUGCCGAUGAUUCACCUGGGAUUUUAUGUUUAUAAUUCCGACACAAUUCUUUUUUCUCGGGUCCAUCCGGAGACUGGAUUGAAAUGGAGAGGAAUAAAGCGGUGGAACGUUAAAUCUAGAAAAUGGGAAAUUGACGAGAGCCCGGAGCAGCAUGCAGUUUUAGAUUUGUAAUUUUAAUUGACUGGUUAUGAAACUUUUAAUACAAAAUUAAAUAAAGAAUAAAGAAGUGAUAUAAAAGAUGUCUGGAUUCCAAUU